GUAACCUUGGAUAUCAGGACUUCCACCAGAGGACUCUGUCAGCCUCCUCAUCAAAUACAGCCAGGAUCACCUGCUAGACUUCAUACUUUGAAUCCCAUCUGUGCUGACUGGAGCAGUCACAGCAUCAACAGAUUGGAACAUGACCACAUAUGGCUCCCCAUCCCCCUUUGAGCGAGGAGACGCUGGUCAGGUUCUGCCAAUUGCUCUGCAGUACCUCACUCCAAACUACAUCUCCAUCAUUGGUAUUGGAGCUGUAGCUGCUGCUGUGAUGUCCUCAACAGACUCUGCACUAUUAUCUGCCGCCUCCAUCUUCUCAUCCAACAUAUAUAAGAGCAUCCUAAGGACCACAGCAUCAGACAGGGAGCUCCAGUGGGUGAUCCGUGUCUCUGUGGUCCUGGUGGGCGUGGCUGGCACAUCGCACAUCUUCACUUCCCGAGUUGCACUCUUGAAGAUGGCAUUUAUGUCCAGUGCUCUCCGGUCAGGACUAUCUGCAUGUUGUGAUUUCUGAGAGGUGGGACGUAUUCAAAGUGAAGGCCAACAAACAAUCACAAAAAUUAACAUUAAUGAUCAAUGGCAUCAUCAAAACAGACAAGGAGGAGAAGCCUGAUGGUCAGAGUGAAACUGAACUAAUACUAACCCCCAGUCAGCUGGAGUGACAAACUAAAUGAUUUAGUGGGAUGCAGAUGUGUGUUUUUAUGGUGA